AUGGCUGCAGACAUCUGGCCAGAGGUCGUGGGUUGUCCAGAGGCUGUGCCUCCCAAGCCUGCACUCUGGGCGCUCCUGCUGGCUCUGCUGGGGCUCGCACCGGGUCAGGCAGGGCUCCGCACCUGCAGCAUCCCUGACGUGCUCCGCCACUACCGUGUGGUCAUCUUUGAGGACCUGCAGGCUGCUGUGAGGCAGGUCGGGCCAGGCUCCCGACACCUCCAUUUCAUCCAGAAAAACCUGACUGGAGCUGCAGUCCUCGGAUGGCGGGAUCGGGAUCGGGUGGGAGCUUCCUGCGGUGCCCAGAAGGAGCACGAUAUCCUGCUGUCCAUUGCGUCCCUGGGUCGGACCCUGCGCAGGGUAGUGGCCCGGGGCCACCGCCGCGGGGCACUGGAGAAAGCCGCGUGGACUGUAGCCCUGCGCACCGAAGCAGUGAUGCAGCGCCACUGCUGGAUGAUGCGCCAGGUGAGCCGGUGGCCCAAGAGGCACCCUCCUCGGAGUCGCCGCAGCCGCAGCCGCAGCCGCAGCCGGAGGCGGCUCCUCCUGCGUGUCCUGGACACCGUCGCCACCUGCUGGGAGAAGCUCUUCGCGCUGCGUGCAGCAGCCUCCGAGGACUCCUAG